AUGAGGAAAACAGUCCUUCAGGAAGAGACUGCUCCAACCUUGAUCCCUCAUGGGAUCACAAGUCUUGACAGCAAACCUACUGUGAUGUGGGCUUUUCUCUCCAUGGGCUCCCAGGCUCUACCAGGAACCUGCCAGGAACUUAUUCCAGGUUUUCUUGUAGGGUGCUUUGAGUGUUGCAUCAAAUGCCUGGGAGGUAUUCCCUAUGCAUCUUUGAUUGCCACCAUCCUGCUGUAUGCUGGAGUUGCGCUGUUCUGUGGUUGUGGACAUGAAGCACUUUCAGGAACAGUCAAUAUUCUGCAGACCUACUUUGAGAUGACAAGAGCUGCAGGAGAUGUUAUUGAUGUCUUUACCAUGAUUGACAUCUUCAAGUAUGUGAUAUAUGGUGUAGCAGCUGCAUUCUUUGUAUAUGGCAUUUUGCUGAUGGUGGAGGGAUUCUUUACAACUGGUGCCAUCAAGGAUCUGUAUGGGGAUUUCAAAAUCACCACUUGCGGCAGAUGUGUCAGUGCCUGGUUUAUUAUGCUGACAUACAUCUUUAUGUUGGCCUGGCUGGGUGUUACAGCUUUUACUUCUCUGCCUGUUUACACGUACUUCAAUCUGUGGACGAUUUGCCGAAAUGCCACUGUAGUGGAUGGAGCUAAUCUCUGCUUGGAUCUUCGCCAGUAUGGUAUUGUAACUAUUGGAGAGGAAAAGAAGGUUUGCACCUCAUCUGAAAGUUUCAUCAAGAUGUGUGACUCUAAUGAGCUAAACAUGACAUUCCAUUUGUUCAUUGUGGCACUUGCUGGAGCUGGAGCAGCAGUCAUUGCUAUGGUCCACUAUCUCAUGGUCUUAUCUGCCAACUGGGCCUAUGUGAAAGAUGCUUGCAGAAUGCAAAAAUAUGAAGAUAUUAAAUCAAAGGAGGAACAAGAGCUUCAUGACAUUCAUUCUACUCGCUCUAAAGAGCGGCUCAAUGCUUACACAUAA